AAUGUAAAAAUUUAAUUUAAAAAGAUACGAAUAUUAUAUUUCAGAUGUGGCAAACACUCAUAGGAUGUUUAGUUAUAAGCAUUCAGACAACUCAAAGCUUGAGAUCUACUUCAGAUGAUUUUGGACUUGGAUCUGCAGUUCAGAGAACGUUGAGAAACAAGAGAUAUGCAGAACCAAAGGCCCCUGUGGUGUGUAAUCCUUGUGGAAAAAUUAAAAAAGAGGAGGAGGAUGAAUAUGAGGAGUCAGGAAACGAUUACAGUGAGGAUGAUUAUGAGUAUGAGGACAUUGAUACUUCAAAACUGGAUGAGAAGGGACAGAGAUUAGUUGGAGGGAGGGAUGUUACUGAGGACUCCUCUAAACCCUGGUUCUCUCAUAUAGAAAUUUCAGAUGCAUGGGAUGUUGGAACAUGUGGAGGAUCCUUGAUAAAUCGUAGAUUUAUAAUCACCGCGGCGCAUUGCUUCUGCAAACCACUACCAAAUGCAACAGCUGAGGGCCAGGGCACCUGCAGGAUGAGCGCGAAUGGAACUAUCGAAGUUAUGUACAUCACAAAAAUACGAGUUAGUUUUGCAGCAAUUAUCAGAACUCUGACCUUUGGUCCUCUCUCCAAAACCUACGAAGGGAGCAGAGUUAUCGUUCAUCCUAAAUUUUCCUUAGAAAAAUUUUUUGGUGCUAACGACAUUGCGUUGCUACAAAUUAAAGAGGAGGUCCAAUUCACAACUGGGCGUAAAGCUAUAAUGCCAAUCUGUCUACCUACCCCUGACACUGGUAAUGUAAGUAUGGGAUGGAUUAUAGGGAUGGGGACAGCCAGGGAUGCCAGGCUGACCGAUAAGUCAGGACCAGAGAAAUUUGAAAAGUGUAUGACACCGUGUAAGUUUGAUGAAAGUCCAGCAGUGAAGGACCCGGCCUGCCAGGAGUUUAACCAGCAGAUAGGGGACUCCAUCUGGGAGGAGGAAACAGUCAGGGCUUUAGUUGAGGUUGUACUGUACUACAAUGGAACAAACGAGACUUGCUGGAAUAAUAAUCAAGGAAAGUAUGGUUGGUGCGAAACAAAGGCGAAUGUUACUAGUAACGCAAAUUGGGGUUACUGUAACAAAGAAAAAAAAGUUCGAACAGAUCUACUGCAGCAGGCUAAUAUUCAAGUUCUAUCUAAAGAGGAGUGCUUGAAAUUACAAUCAAAGCAUGCAAAGUUUGAGCCAGACCUGGAAUUUUGCGCUGGAUUCAAAUAUUCGGUAAAAAAUAUUAGAUAUUUUCAAAAAAUUUCUGCAAACAAAAUUAAUCCUUAUCCAAAUACUGAAAUUUUUUUGGGCUCUGUGACCGAGUUAAAUGUAUAUUUGAACUGCUUGCCGCUUGUUUAAAUUUAAAUCACUGAU